UCAUCAUCCGUUUCCAAAAAAAAAAAAAAAAUAGUCAUUUUCAUUUCAUUUCUAAAAACAUGAAGAACAACAAUAAUAAUAAUAAUAAUCUGUCAAUACAAAACUCUGUUCCUAGCGAUAUUGCUUUCAAAAUCGCUUCUUUGCUUCAGGAAAUGGAGAUAUGUGCAUUGGGAAGCUGUAGUAGGUUUUGGCGGGAGCUAUGUGGGUCGGAUCAUAUAUGGGCGGGUCUAUGUAAACAUAGAUGGCCUGCCCUGUUUGUUGAUCAACAACAUCUUUGUUUUGAUGUUCCUCAAUUUAAUCCACAUCAUCUGCAGCAACUCCAUUUGGACUCCAAUUUGAAGGGGUGGAGGGGAUUUUAUGUCAAUAAGCAUCAUGAGAUGGCUAGCAAAGCAGAUGCCGUUAUUGCGUUUUUGGAACAAUGCAUAUCCUCGGAAUCAAUUGAGGUCAAUCAUUAUUUGGUUGCAAUGCAAAACAUGAAGUCUAUGCAGUUUGGAUUCAGAGACGUCGUGUUGUUCUUUUUUAAAGAAAAUCUUCAUGUGCUGCUUAAUUUGGCUGGUCUGCACUACUGUAUUGCAUGGCUUGGAGUGCCUGCUGAGCAUGUGAUGGAAGCUCUAUAUAGUAGCAAGAUUUCUUAUCGGCAAGUAUGUGUCCAAUGGUGGAAGCUUGGGCGGUGGUUACAUGGGUUUAGGCUGCGUGAUGAGUCUAUCUCAAGAAGAACAUCCCUAAGAGAUCUCGCAAUGACAAAAGAACAAGAAGUUCUUGGUGUGCUUUAUCGCGGUGCAAUUCAUGAGGUGAUUCGUGUUCAGAUUUCAGCUGCUAAACCUGUUACUUCUCCGUGGUCAUGCCAAAGCCGAACCGCAGAAACAUCAGGUUAAAAAAGAUUUCUAUGUGUGGUUAUCCGUCUGUGUGUAUGUAUAAUUGUAUAUAAUCCAUUAUGUGCAUAAUCGUUCAAAAAUAUAUCUAGCAAUCGUAAAUGUUGUAACUUACAAUAACAACAUAUGACACUGUGUACAUUGAUUUGCCUGAAUGGAUGUAUAUAUUCUGGUUGAUCAUGUA